UUUAAUAAAAACGAAGUGAAUUUAGAAUGGCGUGACCUUAUUUGUGAUACGAAGGACGGGAUCGGUGUAGACAAAAUUAGUAAGCAACCCGCCUCCUGUAAUUUGGCUCUGCGUGAAACUGGUGUUGAUAAUGAUCCAAAUGACAAACGGAGAAUCGUACCAGGAAACAACUCCGGUUGCUUCGAUGAGUCAAUAAAUGGAAUUGUACGCACAUAUUGCAACAUUCUGUGUCCGAAUGCUGAUACAGUAUAUCUGAUCAAACGAACACCUCAAAAUCAUCGUUCAUGUUUCUCCCAUAUUACUUAUCGUUUUGAGAAACGAGGAAAAGACUGGUAUUUGUGGCGUGAAAAAAAUUGUCGCGUAUCUAAAAUAACAUUUACGACACGGUGUGAAUUCCAUUUUAAUCGCAAGCAAUUUCCAAACGAUGAAGAACUAUUCAAAAAACUACGAAAAACAUGA